AUGUUGAAGAUCUUUCUUAUUGCGUUUUUUCUCUCGAAAAUCUAUCAGACGAUCGAACGUCCGUUAGUGAUUGGGCAUCGUGGUUCAGCGUAUUUACCUGAAUUGACGCUAGAGACUCAAUCUAUGGGGCACGCCUUGCAUUCCGAUAUGAUUGAAAUCGAUGUAUGUCUUAGUCGAGACAAUCAAUUGCUCGUUGUUCACGAUCUUUACUUGAAUGCAGUCAGUAACGUUGGUAAUUUGUAUCCAAAUCGAAAUCGGUCAGAUGGAUAUCAUUAUGUGAUUGAUUUUGAUCUCGCUGAGUUACGUCGAUUAACCAUUCAUGAGCGUACUAUACCAUUUACCAAUACUCAAGUUUAUCCAUCUCGAUUUCCUUCUUCAUCGUCAAUCCCAUUUUCUCUCUCGACAUUGAAUGAAACACUUGAAUUACUUCUUGGUUUGCGUCGAUCAACAAAUCAACAGUAUCAAUUGCUUAUCGAAAUUAAAAAUCCGGAAUACCAUUCACAAUAUAAUCGAUCGAUCUCAGAAAUUUUACUUUCAACAUUAGCUGCUUACAAUCUAACUGAAUUAACUGAUCCAAUUGUCAUACAAACGUUCCAUAUUGAAGAAUUGAUACAUAUACGCAAGAAUCACGGUAGUCGUUUACGUCUAGUUGCCUUAUUGACAUGGAAUUGGUUGAAUGAAUCUUCGAGUGACUACGAUUUCUAUCGAAGUGAACAAGGUUUACAAAAUUUAUCUUGGAUAGUGCAAGGAAUUGCACCAAACAUGGAAUUAUUAGUGAAUUUUGAUUCGAAUGGUUCGAUCAUCGAUAUGACAAAUUUAACUUCGUUGGCUCAUAAGUAUCAACUUGCUGUCUAUCCGUGGACAUUUCGAUAUGAUACAUACAAAGGAAAUUUCAAAGAAUUAAUCGACUUUUUCCAUCGAAAAGUUCAGGUUGAUGGGUUCAUUACUAGUCAACCUGAUCUUGUGAUCAAACUAUUAGAACAGACAACAACGAAUGCAAUGGGAGAGCUUCCAGGAAUAUCGAUGCUUCUCUAUGGCUUAAUAUUUGUGAUAUAUUUACUUAUGAAAAUGAAUACGAGUAUAUAA